AUGCUGUCAAACCCCACCGAACACUUACGCCGAGCAGUUUCUAAAUUGAACUGGUAUUCUCCAGGCGCUUUUUCAGAAACGCAGGCUCACUUUGGGUCACGCUCAGAGUGCUACGAGAGGGAAAUGUCGGUAUAUAGUGCUCUGAGAGAGUUUGCUAUAAACAUUUUAAAGACAGGACGCGGGUCGCAGGCGAGGUUGCACCGCAGCACCCGGUUUGUCAGAGCAGAGCGGGCCGGAAGCGGAAGUGAGCGAGGGUGGAGCAAGAUGGCGGUGUCGGCGGUGCAGGCCAUUCUUCUCGAGUCCGACGUUUUCCCAGUUUGUUUCAACCACGCUCUGAGCACAGAGAAGGAGGAGGUGAUGGGGCUGUGUAUAGGGGAGUUGAAUGACGACACAAGGAGCCUCUCCAAAUUUGCAUAUGCUGGAACUGAAAAGCACACAGGUGCUGAGAAGGUUGACACCAUCAGAAUUGUUCACAUUCAUUCUGUCAUCAUUUUGCGACAUUCUGAUAAGAGGAAGGACCGAGUAGAAAUUUCUCCAGAGCAGCUGUCUGCAGCCUCAACAGAGGCAGAAAGGUUGACUGAACUAACAGGUCGCCCCAUGAGAGUCGUGGGCUGGUAUCAUUCCCAUCCUCAUAUAACUGUUUGGCCUUCGCAUGUUGAUGUUCGCACCCAAGCCGUGUACCAGAUGAUGGAUCAAGGCUUUGUGGGACAUUUUUCCUGUUUCACAGAAGAUAAGAACACAAAGACUGGCCAGGUACUCUACACUUGCUUCCAAUCCAUACAGGCCCCAAAGAGCUCAGAGUAUGAGAGGAUUGAAAUCCCAAUCCAUAUUGUACCUCAUGUUACCAUUGGGAAUGUGUAUCUUGAAUCAGCAGUAGAGAUGCCCAAGAUCCUGUGCCAGGAGGAGCAGAAGGCAUAUAGGAGGAUCCACAGCCUUACACAUCUGGACUCAGUAACCAAGAUCCAUAAUGGCUCAGUGUUUACCAAGAAUCUGUGCAGUCAGAUGUCAGCAGUCAGUGGGCCUCUUCUACAGUGGUUGGAGGACAGAUUGGAGCAAAAUCAACAGCAUUUGCAGGAGUUACAACAAGAAAAGGAAGAACUUAUGCGAGAACUUUCUUCUCUAGAAUAA